AUGGACCUGUUUAAACGAAACCAACGACUACGAAAGCAACUGUUAGCAGAAGUGUCCAAAGCCAUCGAAACCCCCCGCGCUGGACCAGGAAGAUUUGCGCCCCGCGACCGCCUGAGAAGGAUUUGGACUGAAGACAUACUGCGCCAAUUCUUCCGCCGUGAGACGUCGCUGCUCGCCCGGAAGACGUUCGUCCAGGAUAUCCGCAGAGAUUUCGUCCAGACCAUAUCAAUUCUGAUCUAUGUAAACUGGGACGGCUGGUCGCGCUUUGAUAAGAUUUUCUUCUCCCAUCGGGGGCCGGAUGGGAGAUUGGAUCGGACCGAUCGCAGCAUCCGACACUAUGACCUACAGACCUUGACGAGCGAGAGUUUCCUGGGGCCAGUGGCUGGAUCGCAUUUCUUUGACAACCGCCAUACCUUCUGUCCAGUCGAUAUUGAAGAAGAUACCGACCUGUGUGGCGAGGAUGGCUGGCGACUACCGUUUCUUCCCGCACAGUCUGAGCCUCGCAAAAGUGGAGGGUUUGGUCACAUCACCAAGGAAGUGAUUGCUGCGAGGCAUUAUCACCGGAAGAGUGGCGUUUGCACGACCGAGGUCGAGGUCGCUCGCAAACUCUUCCGGUCUAAGUUCGACUAUGAUCGAGAGAGGAUCAAUCUGAAAUGGCUCAGUGAAAGCAUCGCCCAGCACAAACACAUCGUCCUCCCCAUUGCGACCAUAACCAUCGGACACCAGUUCAACAUCCUCUUCCCGCUAGCGAAGAUGGAUCUUGAGGACUUCCUCGUGAGUGGACGAAUCUCCCCCGCACAGUGCAGCAUGGACGAACUGCUCGACCAAGCGACCAAUCUGGCAGAUGCGCUGGACCACCUACACAACCGACUAGGCGUUUCGACUCGGGGGUACCACAUGGACCUGAAGCCCGCCAACAUCCUGGUCUAUGAAGAACCCAACCUUCUCAGGCCGCAUGGGGUCGGAACAUGGAAGAUCACCGACUUCGGUCUCUCCAUCAUUGAACGCCCCGAAAGGCGGGAUAGCGUUGAAGGCUUUCCUCAAGAUCCUGUCACCGAGACAAUAACCCAACUGCGGCAAAUGGAAGGCACCUACCAGGCACCGGAGGUCUGCGCCGGUGGAAUCAGUCGACGCAGUGAUAUCUGGUCAUUUGGCUGUAUCCUGGUCCGGGUCCUUGCGUUUGCCCUGGAUGGAAUCGAGGGUCUUCGCAGAUUGGAUAGGCUUCGUCAGAUGGCCGAGGAUGGUGUCGGGCCUUAUGAGCACGAUUACUUCGCUCGAGGGAACCCACCAGUUCUCAACCCGCAUAUUGAGAACUGGAUCAGAAGCCUACCACAUCGUCGUGGCGCUCAUCGCCGGGACGGUUACAAUGACGAGUUUCUCAGCGGCUGCGCUAGGCUGCUGUCAUCUACCCUGAAAAUUGACAAGAAUGCUCGGCCAGAGGCAAUCAGAGUGAAGGAAGCGCUGGGCGACCUCAAAUUCGCUCUCCAUAGGCCGCCUCGACCAUCGUCCUCACUGAGCUCAAUUUCAGAACAUCGUUCCGAGGGACUGGAAUCUGUUCAGACGCCUAGGUCAUCGGUGUCCGUCCACUUGGCCCAGACUACAUCUGGUCUCAGCCUCGGCCUUGCCAUUCUAACCGACCAGCUAAUCGAUGAAAUUAAGAGAAACGACUUGAGUGGCAUCGAGAGAGUGUUAGGCCAAAACGUACAAGUUGACAGACCCGACAAGAAUGGCGACACACCCCUGGGCAUUGCCACCAAGCUGGGAAAUGAGGCGGUCGUUCGGCGUCUGCUGCAGGCCAAUGCGAGCGUCGAUGCAAGGUCCGCAGGGAAUAAAACACCCCUGAUGAUAGCAGCCCGCAACGGUCACACCCAGAUCGCUCAGCUUCUACUGCAAAGAAAUCCCGAUUUACUGGCCUACUCGGACGAGGGCCUCACGUGUCUUCACUACGCGACCUGGGCUAACGUCAGUCUGGAACUUUUUGGACUGUUGGUCUCACAGUUCCCGUUGAAUGUCGAUAUCCCGACGCCAGAGCCCGAGAAGGAAACGCCCCUGAUGAUGCUGAUCAAGCACUUUGUAGAUCACGAUUCAUGGGAAGCCAAGUUCAAAAAGUUGGUUGGCGCUGGAGCAGACGUCAACUGGGGUGCUGGAUUCGAGAUGACACCGCUGCGAUGUGCCGUCAGCGAGGGCUUCAUCAGAGCGGCUAGACUGCUGAUUGCGAAUCAUGCUAAGGAAGAGGAUUUCUCCAAGAUCCCCAACAUGUCACACAACAUGACCGCGUUGUUGGAAAAGAGUUGGGCGAGACGACGGAGGAGCGGUGGUCUCUUUCGGAGGAGACGCAACUCGUAG